AGCUGAUGGGUCCUGGAAAAAUUGAUUCCACCCUGUUGCAUCAUUUUGUUUGUUUUCCUUCUUCCAAAUGUACUGUGAGAUGUGCUAGUUGCUUUGGAAGCUGAGGCUGAAGCCCAGUCAUGCUAAUCUGCUGAAGGCAAAUUUUAAUAUAAAAACAAACAAAAAAAAUACCUUUCAUCUUCAAUACCUGGAAUUAAUUCUUUAGCCAACCUUUAUUCAUUGAGGAACUAUUAUGAAUCGCACCUUCUCACACCUUUCAGUUAGAAGGCACUGGGAUACCUGGCCAGUCCAAUUCUACUCGGUUAACUUUCCUCUCAUUUAAAGCUGAUCUACUGGAGAAGAGGAUAUGAAGAUAUUACUCCCAUCCUUAUAGGAUUGUUGAGGGAUUAAACGACACAGAUAUAGGACAAUUAGCUCAAUACUUUCUGGCUAGUAGUAAGCCCUUCAUAAAUGUUAACUAUUACUGUUGUUGCAUUGUUAUUUUAAUAUUGAAAGUUGACUUAAAUUCUUUAAGAUGACAGUUUGAUAUCCCUCUUCCUAUAACUUGAGUUGCUAAGACUUAUGUAUAUUUGUGCAUAUUUAAUGCAAGAAAGAAAAGAGGCACCUAAUACUUUGGUGGUUGUUACAGCACCGUUUGUUACUUUACUAUACUAAAUGUCUUGCCUUAUUUAGGCAGAGUCAUCUGCAUUUAUAGAAGGAGCUAGGUAGGAAAACUAUUUCCUGACUUGUGUUGUUUUCAAAGAGGUUUACUGAAGAAGACCAAGUCUUAUAGCAGCCCUCCAGCCAAGGUAUAUGUAUCUUUCCUUGAGAAAAUGCAGCUAGUGUGUCUCUUAUUCCUUGUCUGUGAUAAGGCCAGUCUGAUUAAACUAGAAGGGGUGUAGAAUAGUAGUUGCUAAAUGUAUAUGCCGAGGAUGGUGCAUGAUGUCUUAUAUGCCAUAUCUCCUUUAGUCUCACAAUAACCCCCCCAAAGCAGAUAUUACCCCCAAUUUAUAGGUGGAGAAGGAAGUUCAAAGAAGUAAAGUAACCCACACACUGGGAUUGGAAUCUGGGCCUAGCAGCACAUUCCAGCACCUUCUUGAAACAAUUUUACCUUGGAUUGCCUGAAACAUUUCUCCUGACUCACUGGCAGUUCCUUCAAGCUGAAAACAGAUGGAGUAACUAAGACCCAGAGAUGGCAAUUUGUCUUGUCUAAGGGCAACAGAAAAGAAUGAUCUGAGCAGUGUGCUCUUGAUGACUGUUGCUAUGUUAAACAAGAUCUUGGUCACCACACAGCUGAUCAGAUGAAGAUGUGAAUACAUCUCAGUGUACUCGUAUGUUGAGAUUGGGAAGAAGGCCAAUGACUAGACAAAUGGAUUACAUGUCAGGGCUCUCUAUGUGAAUCAAAGAGGCCUUUGGACAUUGUAAUUUCAGAACAUUCUGCUUUGAGCUGCUGAAACCAUACUGCAAUCAUGGGGAGGAACAAGAGUAAAGGAUAAAGCUGCUACACAGAAAUGGAAGAGGGAAACAAUUUAAUGCAAAUCAGGCUGGUGGUUAACCCUUUGGCUAAACUAACUCAGUUACCUGCAAAUAUGAAAUGGAAAAUUCCAGAAAUAAACAGUUUAUAAGUUUUAAAUUGUGUGCCAUCCUGAGUACUCCACUUCAUCUCCUCAUGUAGAUAUUUUAUCAUCUCACAUCAUCACAAGAAAAAGGAAAACUUAAGGAACAAGAGAUCUACAUUCAAACUGAGCUGGAAAAGAAUAUUUGGACAAACCGUGAUCGUGACAGUGGAUGAAUCUUCUAGCUAACCUUAUGAGCUUUGAAACCAAAGCAAUCACUUUCUCCAUCAUCCUUGUAAUUUGCUUCAUUUGCAUCCUCCUUUUAUUGAUGGUUUUUUUAUAUAAAAGUUUCCAAAGCAAGAAAGAUGAUGAGACAGGAAAAGGUCCUUGUACAGAUGCUAAUAGAGGUGAAGGUUGUUUAGCUGCUAAUGUGGAGAAGAACAAUUCAGGAGACCAAGAAAAGAAAAAGAUUCUCAUAAGGCAAAUCAUGAAGCCUGGCAUUCUUGUCCAGAGACAGAGUAAAGAAAUGGUGGCCACACACUUAGAAAAUAGAGAGGACACAGAGGAGAAAGUGGAGUACAAAAGAAAAGAGAAGCAAGAUUCUGAGAACACUGGAGAAAACGGUCAAGAGAAUGAUGAGUUGCAGAAAUCACACGUAUUUGUCACUGAAACUCCGUCAGUUGUUGAUAGCCACAAAAGACCUUUAAAAGGAGUGACAUUUUCUAGAGAGGUGAUCGUUGUGGAUCUUGGGAAGGAAUACCCUACCCCUCGAAGCUAUACUCGAGAACAUAAAGAGAGAAAAUGAAGCUCAAAAAGGCUGAGUGUGAAAGAAACAUAACCUUAGACUAACAGGGAAAUGACUGGGGGUACAAAAUCAUGUUGAAACAGCAAAAUAAUGGGAAAUUAAGCAAAUACAAAUAGUAUUUUAUCUUUGUGCAGAAAGAAGUGGAAUACAUGCAAAAUUCUGUAAGUAAAAUACCCAGAGGUUGAAUAUAACUUUUUGAAACUCAAAUCUGAGUUCAAGAAAUUGAUUGUAUUACGUGUCCUUAAAACUCAGUUUUCUCAAACACUGUCUAAUGUGAAUAAAGUUAUUUGUGUUAGUGCAA